AUGGUUGCCUCAACCCCGUCCACAAGGCUUACACAAGUCCAAGAUUUUCUGAAACCCAAAGAAAGUCUCGGUGAAUCAGGGGCGCGAAAUGUUUAUAUUAUCAGUGCCGCGAGAACGCCUACAGGGAAGUUCAAUGGAGGCCUGAAGACACUCACAGGACCACAGCUAGGUGCCGUGGCGAUCAAAGCUGCUGUCCACAAAGCGAAUAUCCCAGUGGAGAAGAUUACCGACGUAUACAUGGGGAACGUCCUUCAAGCAAACGAAGGGCAGUCGCCCGCUCGACAAGCCAUGACCUACGCAGACCUUCCUUCAUCGGUAGAGGCCGUGACAGUCAACAAGGUAUGCGCAUCCGGUCUCAAGGCGGUGAUGUUGGCUGCACAGAACAUCCAGCUCGGCUUGGCAGAUGCUCAGGUCGCAGGCGGCUUCGAGUCCAUGUCGAAUGUGCCAUACUACUCCCCACGGGCGAGUCAGAGCAAAGCUUUCGGACAUAUGUCCCUCGAAGACGGCCUGAUCAAAGACGGCCUCUGGGAUCCCUAUAAUCAGAUUCACAUGGGUACAUGUGCUGAGCAUUCGGCCAAACAAUUUCAAAUUCCCCGUCAGGAGCAAGACAAAUAUGCCAUUAGGUCUUAUAAAAGAGCACAACAGUCCUGGUCUGAGGGCAGAUUCAAUCAUGAAAUCGCCCCGGUGACGGUUAAAGAUCCAAAGGGAGAGACUGUUGUCGAAGAAGAUGAAGGAUGGAAAGAACUAGUUGAGGCGAAGGUCCCUGUGUUGAAACCGGUCUUUAUGAAGGACGGCACAAUUACUGCAGCCAAUUCGUCCACCAUGAAUGAUGGUGCCAGCGCUGUGGUACUGGUUUCCUCGGACCUAGUCGCCCAGUACGGCGCAAACAGUCGGGCCUUGUGCAGAAUAGUGUCUUACGCUGACGCAGCUGUGGAUCCCAUUGAUUUCUCCUGUGCUCCUGCAAAGGCUCUCGCCAAGGCGCUGCAGAGGGGAGGUCUACGAAAACAAGAUAUCACUCUUUGGGAGGUCAACGAGGCAUUUGCCGCGGUCAUUGGUGUUACGGAGCGUAUCUUGGGUUUGGAAAACGCAAAGGUGAACAUCUUCGGCGGAGCAAUUGCUUUAGGGCAUGCCUUGGGCAGCUCAGGGUGUCGUAUCCUAACCACUCUCAUACACCAGCUGGAGGUUGGGCAGUAUGGAGCAGUUGGUAUCUGUAACGGUGGGGGAGGUUCGAGCGCUAUGAUUGUCCAGCGGGUGAACAGCGUGUGA